AAUUUAAUUUUUUAACACUGGCAACUCUGAUAUCGGCGUACGCCAUGUUUGUUUCUUUUCCGUCAUUCCUUUGCCGCGGAGAGAUUUUUUUAAGGUUAUUUCUUAUUCUUAUCUUGGCGUCUGUUUUGAUUCUCAAAGAAAUUCAUCUUGUUUUUAUAAAGACGCGCUUUCUGGUUAAGCAUUAUAAACUCAAAUUGGUUAAUACGUGAUUGCAGAUAGCGUCGUGCGGCUGUAGCUAAUAUUAUAAUCGGCUUAUAUAUUUACCGAUUGACGGCGUUGUUUUUACGAAAAUGGGCAAGAAAGUAAGAGAAUACAAGUCUGGCGACUUUAUAUUCGCCAAAGUCAAAGGAUACCCAGCAUGGCCGGCUCGAGUACAGAAACCGAAUGGCAAGAAGUAUUUCGUAUACUUCUAUGGCACUGGGGAGACCGCCAAUCUGCCUCCGAACAUGAUAUUCGACUACGCUGAAAACAAGGACAAGUUCCUGAACAAGUCUGUGAAGCGCAAGGACUUCAAUGACGGCGUGAAGCAGAUUGAGCACGACUUCGCUAAUAAUGUUCCUUUGGACCAAAUCAUUGGAGCUUUGGCGGAGGCAGAACCAGGGCCCGCCGACGACUCCAUGAAUGAGACGGCCAACGACACCGCAGACUCCGCUAUUGACACCACGGCCGCCGACGACACCAUGGACGAGAGUGCGAAUGACGGCCCCGUGGAGGACUCUGACGAUGCAGGGGCACUGGUCAUUGACGAGGGAAAGCAGAAAGGCCGAAAGUCCGCCGCGAAGCCGGCGGCGACGCCCAAAGCUAAAGAACCCAAGACCCCGCGCGGCCGCGCCAAGAAGGAGGAUAAGGAGGAGGAGGAGGAGAAGAAAGACGAGGAGGUUGUCAGUAGGAGCGGUAGGAAGAUCAAACCUGGGAAGAGAUACAUAGACGAGCAGACAGACGAUAACGCCACCCUGCCGUCGCCGGCCCCCAAGAAACGCCGCGGGGCGUCGCCUAGCGCGGAAAAAGAUAAGGAGGUGAAAGAAAAACCGCAGGACAGGAAUCUUAAGGCUUACAACACCGUACAGCAGUCGGAACUUCGAGAACUGAAGGAACCCUUCAAAAGUGUGGACCCAGAGAAGGAAAAUAUCCUGAUCGCCUUCCUUCCCUCCGGGCAGUACUGCGGAGUGAAACUGUUCCAGUCCCGGCCUACUAGUUUCAAGAGCGAAGCCUCACGGCUACAGUGGGACAAGCAAGCCGCUUCUAACGCCAUCACACUCAAGAAACAGCUGGAAAAGGGUCAAAUCACACCACAGUCGAUAUCGGCGCAGCUCGUCAUGAAUCUGAACCUGACCGACGACGAGCGACAAGCGCUGGACAGGGACAGAGAUCUGGAGGUGAAGAAGUCCCGCCUCCAUUUCCUGAAAACCGAGAUGAAGCUGAUCGAGCUAGACGCCAAGAUCAAGACCUGUCUCAGCUUGGAGAAGGCGGACACUGAACUAUGUCUCAAGCUUAUUGAUGAAAUACUUGAACUGGACCUAGCCGCCCUAAUGCUCCUCAAGCACCCGACCUGCAUGGAGACCGUGAAGCGCAUGCGCGUGUACGUCGGCAACGCGCCCUCCUGGGAGAUGAGCGAGGCCGAAGCCCUGACCUUCAGCAAGCAGGCGCACCGGAUCCGGAACAAGGCCGACGCCCUCUUCAUCACCAUGCGGGACUUAUUCCACGUGCCCGAGGGUGUUUCGUUCUGGGAGUUCUUCAACGAGCGCGUGGCGCAGUUCAAGGCGGCCACCGAGAACCUGCACGCGGACAAACUGCUCGAAAUGGUCCACGAGCCUAUCGAACUGUCCCAGCCGAUCGCUCACACCAUGAAGGCGGCCGUGGACGCGGCCAACGAACAGGAGGCUGCGGAAUCUGACGAUGCUGACAAGAAAAAGAAAGCCACCCCAGCUAAAGGCAAGAAAGCUAACAGCACUCCAAUGAAACAACCUCUCAAGCGCGGACGAAAACCGGCACAAGAAGAGAAGGAGAAAGAAGAAGAAGCAGAGGAUAACGCAGAAGAGACAGAUACCAACAAACCUAAUGAAAAUGAUAAAGACGAUUCAGAAGCGCCAAAGGAAAAUAAUGAAAAUGAAAAAUCUAAUGAAGAGGAAAAGGCAAAUGAUGACGCUGCUGAUAAAGAAGUAGAGAAAGUUAAUGAAAACUCUGAGAAAAAUCAUGAAAAAGAAGAUAUUGAGGAAAAAGGCGACGGUGACAGCGAAAAGACGAAAGAUGAUGCAAAAAAGGAAUCUAAUUCUAAAGACAAAGGUGAUGUAAGUAAAACAAAUGACAAGGAUGACAAAAUGGGAGAUGAAAGUGAAAAAGAUGAAAGUAAAAAAUCAAAGGAGAGUGACAGAAAUAGUGAUAAGUCUAAAGAUAAUGGUAAAAAUAAAGAGAAAUCUAAGGAGGAAGCUAAGAAUGGGAAGGAUAAAGCUCCGAAACCGGGGGACAAGAGGAAAGAGAGAAAGGGGAGUGAAAAGGAACAAUCGGUGGAGAAGGAAAAGGUGGAUGUUGAUGAGCCUAGGGCCAAGCGAUCGAGAGAGAGCAAGAAGACUGAGCCGCCGCCGCGGUCACCGGCCAAGAGGAAGUCCCGGUCCUAAGCCACUUACAACUUUAACAGAAUUGUUCUCGCCACUCUAGUGGCCACUUGACCACCUUUUGCACAAACACCACUGUGUUACUUAAUCCACAACUACAUGAUAAAUGUUAAGGCCAGUCCAGACGGGACAAUUUCUGCCCAAUCUGAUUAAAUUGUCUGAUCAAAUCAGGUAGUGUGUACGCAAAAAAUUAAAAUUGGCUCGCCGAUCCAACUUGAUUCGAUUUUAAGAUACUCGAUCAAAUAGAGAUACGGACGCAAGAAUGCCAAUUUGCAACGCUAGUAUGUGCGUUUGGGGGCAUUUUUUAAAUUUGGAGCGCUCGAAUGAGACGCUAGAUGAGAUUGACGCCAAUUUCUUUUCUGAACAAAUCAGUCAAUUUAAUCAUCCCGUCUGGACGGGCCUUAGCAGCCGCCAUCAGACAUUGGAGCAGGGUUGCCAUAUGUCAGGAUUUCCCCUGACAUGUCAGUUUUGGUCCAUUGUCAGGAUUGCGGGGCUACUUAGUGUCAGGGUUUUUUAGAAACAUCAACCAACAACUAGAAGCUAGGUAAGCUAUUUUUGGAGAAACGACCGUCCAGGAGAUUUAUACACGGUGUUUCAUGACCCACUGAAAACCUGCCACCAGUUUGUUCAGAAUCGAUAGGAGAAUCGAUCGCGCUAUGUUUUAAUGGGGGUAAAUUAUUUUUACAUGCCCGUUUUACAGGUUUGUAAUGCAACAAUAUCAAUAACUAGCAUUGGACACGUUAUUUGUCAAUGAGCAACACCCUUAACUGGCCAUUGGUAACCUAAGGUAUGCAAAUGGUCAGUUAACAGUGUUUUCGAUGGUAACUAGCAAUUGUUUGAUGUCACUAAAACGACAAGCAUCUUGUGUAGAAUUACCAGUCGAAUAGAAUUGUUAAGAAAACUAAACAACUAAUAUUUUUUUUAAUACCUAGUCGGCUCAUAAGUUCUGUCAUAUACAUAGUAUCAAAAAAAAUCAAAAGUUUAAGUUUAUUCCGUAUAAUUUGUACAGCGUUUGAAAGCUUAUAAACUAGAGAAUCUAAAUGUAUAACAUUUAUUCAAAAUGACCGCCAUAAUUAUCUACACAGGCUUGAAGUCUUCGUGGCCAGUCGUCAAUGGAUUCACGCACCACUUUCAUGUCGAUAUUGGCCACUGCCGUAGCAAGAGAUUUUUUCAGCGAGUUGCAUGAGGUUUUGAGCACACCUUUUCCUCUAAAUACUGCCAUAUUUUAUAGUCUAAAGGAUUAAGAUCUGGGCUAGAGGAGGGCCAAUCUUCAUGCCGUAUAAAGUCGAUUUUAUUGGAGGCGAGCCAGGCUUGUGUAGACUUUGCCUUAUGGGCUGGAGCAGAGUCCUGCUGGAAAACCCAAUGCUGGUUUAGAAACAUCGUAUGGGAUAGUGGUUUCACAAUAUUAGUCAACACCGUGUCUUGGUACACUUUGGCACUAGUUUUUACUCCUUUCUCACAAAAAUGCAUACUAGUGACGCCCGCAUAAGAAACUCCCAGCCAAACCAUCACAGAUGAAGGGUGAUGACCUCUUUGAAUACGGGGAAUGCUAUUAGACGCUUCUUUACUAUUGCGAGCGUACAUUCUAUCAUUUUGUUUAUUACAGUUUUCUUCUAUGUCAAAAAUUUUCUCGUCCGAAAACAGUAUACAACGGUGCUUAUUUUUAGCGUACUUCUUCAAUAAAGCUUUAGAUCUUUUAAGCCUUAAAGCUUUAAGCCGACCAUUGAGAAGAUGGCCAGUUUUUCGUUUAUAAGCACGAAGUCUCAGGUCUUGAUUAAGCACUCUUUUCACCGUGUUUUUGCUCAAACCCAUCUGGAGGGCCAUAACUUUUUGUUUCCUAGCGGGAUUUCUGGCAAUGCGUGCCCUAAUUGCUUGUACAACCGCUGGAGUCCUAGCUGUACGCGGACGACCGCUUCUUUUCUUGUCAUUUAAACUAGAGACCUCACUGUAUCUUUCUAUGGUACGAUACACAAAUCUUAGAGAGAAUUUUAAAUUUUCAAGUAGCUUAAAAAUUUUAGUCGGCGAGUGACCACAACGAUAUAGUGCAAUUAUUGCGGUACGGUUAUCUUUAAGCGUCCACUCCAUGUUGAAGAAAACAGAAAAUUGCAAAAUUAUACUACUCAAAUAUUUAAUAAAGAUUCGAAAUUCAAAUGCAGAACGGUUUUUGUUUUAGGAGUUCCAAAUUUAAAUUUUAAAGGCCAGUGACAGAACUUAUGAGCCGACUAGGUAUUUAUGGGAUGAAGAAUAAAUACUCAAGAUGAGUUCAAAAUUUAAAAAAAAACUGUUGGGGUGUCUCAGGUUUUCAGUGGCUCAAGUACCACCGUGUAUAUUCCAAUUUUUCAUCCUCCUUGCGUCGUAUUCCUCAGUAUUGAGGGUCGUGACCAAGCGGUAAAUACACAUGGUUUUCAAUCAUUGACGACUGGUCUGGCCUAGUGGGUAGUGACCCUGCCUGUGAAGCCGAUGGUCCUGGGUUCGAAUCCUAAGGGCAUUUAUUUGUGUGAUGAGCAUAGAUAUUUGUUCCUGAGUCAUGUUUUCUAUGUAUUUAAGUAUUUAUAUAUAUUAUAUAUCGUCUGAGUACCAAUAAAACACAAGCCUCCUUGGGCUUACCCGUGGGACUUGGUCAAUCUGUGUAAGAAUGUCCUAUAAUAUUUAUUUAUUUAUUUACAGGGAUCAAAAUAUUGAACACUUUGGGUUUGUGCAAAUGGUGUAAGUGAAACUAAAAUUAUGUAAAAAUUAGAUUUCUUAUUGCUGAAACGUAAUGAAAUUUAUCAGUAAAAUUAUGCUGUUCAUCGAGCUAUAUAAGUAUAAAACUAAAUCUGGCUAUACUCAAGUUUUUAUUGUUAAGGCCAGUUCACACCUGCUGCGUGUGCGUGCGCUAAAAUGUUUGAGCUGUGCACGCACACGUCGCGCAAGCGGUGUGCCGCCUCUCAUAAGGAUCAGUAUAUUACAACAUUUACAACACAUACGCACACGCAUCCGGUAUGCAUAUGCCUUUCAAUUGACGCCCAUGUACAUGUCUGAAAAAAAAUUGAGUUGUUUUUUGUCCCCAAAGAAUGUGACGGAGUGGAACUUUUUGUAUGGGGUGAAAUUUGGUUUUUAAGUUUUCUCAAGAGCUAGAAUGACAUGCAAUAGCACUCGACUUUUUUAUUUAUUUGAAAAAAAAAAAUACAAGCGUAGAGUGGUCAGAAACAAAACAGCGAAAAUAAUUUUGACCCAACUGAUCAACAAUUUUAUAAGAAUAGAUGACGUGCAAUAUCCAUUGUCCUUUACACUUAUUGUAUAAUAUGGAGAACACAAUAAUACCGACAAUUCAUUUUUUUAGUAUAUAAGUCCGAAGCAUACAAAUAUUACAAAUACGUUCGUAUUUUGUAAGCAGCUUUUUACUGUUUAGAAUUAUACAAAUAACACAUAAGUUCCUCGUACAAUUAUUAUUUCAUGAUACAGACAGCAGCGGAAGUUGCUAAGCGGGCGAGGUGUUCAAAAUUACCUUGACACGCCCUUAGACCUGAUUUCCUCCUACGCUGAUGUCGGUCGCUGACGUCGGUCGAGCGUACCGUCGGAAGAAACAUCUGUCGCGGACGUCAGCGUCGCUGUGCGGGGGCCCAUAGAACAUUGUGUUAAUGGGGUUGGCCGGUCGAAAU